CUCCCUCAAUCACUGUUUUGUAUCCUUACUCUGACGAGUUUAACACCAGGCGAUACAGACCAAAAUCAACUGACAAGCGACAAAUCGGAAGACAACAGCUGCUCUAAGGUCUGUGCUUGAAGACACAGUUCAAGAUGGACAGGAAGCAGUUUUGUGUUAAUCUGCUGGUCCAGCCGUCCAGAGGGCUCGUGGAUGAGAAGUUCAUUGUCAUGGUCCAGAACAUCAGAUGUGGUUUCCAGCUGACCGUCCACGCCCUCCAUCAUUGUGAAGAUGGCCACACCUGGGAGGCGUUUGGUCACUACACUGCCAACACCACGGGGACUGUAAACAUUUCAGAGGAUCCCAGUCUGGGCGGGACAUAUUCUGGGGCAGAACCGAUGGGUCUACUGUGGAGCCUUAGACCCGCCCCAGGCAGCAAUCAGAGACUCAGGUUGAGGAAGGUGAACGUCCAGACUCCCAUGGAGGUCAGAAUCUCAGUGUACCAGGGUCACCAGACUGAGGGCUUUAUGGAUCAGGUGCCGCUGGCCAGUGUGGUGGUGGAGCGCUGGUACAUGGCGCCCGGCGUCUGCAGAAUCCCCAUCAGAGAAGGCAGUCUCACUGCGACCCUCUUCCUACCCUCAGGACCAGGACCUUUCCCGGGCCUCCUGGACUUGUGGGGGGGUGGAGGGAAGUUGGUGGAGUACCGUGCAGCGCUGCUGGCCUCACAUGGAUUCGCCUCCCUGGCCCUCGACUACCUGACACCUAAAAUCACCAUGGAAACUGGGAAGAUGGCGGACAACCAGUACUUUGAGACGGCUUAUAGAGUCCUGGAGCAGCAUCCUCAGGUCCUCGGCAGCAGGAUUGCCAUGAUGGGUCUUUCCUUUGGCACCAGUAUCACCUUAAAAAUGGCUGCAUAUUCUCAAGUUAUAAAGCUCAGGUGUGCUGUGUGUAUCAGUGGGAGUCAUGUGCAGCCGAUUGACAGCUCUGUGGAACAGAUGAUGACUUACUUUAAUGAAAACGCUGAGAAGAUUUGCAUCAAUGAGGAGAACCAGAUCUGGCGAGAUGUGCUGCUGCCCAUUCCCACCGACCCCAUGCUCAAAGUGGAUGUGGGACGACUCCAGUGUCCACUGUUGCUGGUUGUUGGUGAGGACGAUCAGAUGUGGCCCGCCUAUGAGUCUGCACAGGACAUUAUGGAGAUGAUGGAAAGGGCGGGCAAUAGCCACCUGCUGACUGUCCUGUCGUACCCGAACACAGGUCAUCUGAUUGAACCUCCAUACAUCCCACACGCCCGAGCCAGCUCCUUCAGAUCAGUCUCCACACGUGAGAAGAUUAUGGCUCUGUGGGGCGGAGAGACGGUGGCACAUUCUCGUGCUCAGGAAGACGCCUGGAGGAAGACGCUUGUAUUUCUGAGGGAGAAUCUGUAUGGCGGCACAAACCCUGGUGCAGCUUUAUUUUCCCACCUGUAACCAAGCCCCUUGAGGCAAAUUUGUGAUCCGUCAUAUUGGGCUAUCUAAACUGCCUUGACUUGACACAGUAAUAUAGAGAUGUUGCCUGGGGCCGGGAAAUGAAGUGCUUUUAAAGUAAUAAAAUCGUAAUGUUGAUUCUUUUAUAAACUGGUUGUCAAAACAUCAAAA